UCUUUCAGCUCUGAUUAGUGAGAUCCUCAUUCAGCAGGAAAUAAUCCUUGAGCAGCAGUCACUCAUUCUAAACUGAUGCAAGCACAACAGCAGACCUCCACUGACAACACUGAAGAGGGGCUUCUGAAACUAAACUACCUGAAAGCUCUGCACACUCAGGAAGGUCAACUGCACCGUCCAGACAUGAAAGGAAAAUUGUUCAGUCAUCUAGUUUUCAUCAAACAGCUUUUCAUGCAACUGAGAUCAAGUGAUGUUCACCUUUACACGCACACAGCCUGCCUAUACUGUACAUUGGCCACAAUCACGUCUCUUCAGAUUAAUCAUUCAGGUCUGACUGGAGGAGUGUGAAUGGGGUGUUUUUGGUAUCAAACAUAAUGUUGUACACGGUGGUUUAACAAUGGUGCAGUUGUCCUCAACAACACGGAGGCAUUCAUGAAACGGAAUAAAAUCAGAAAAAUAAAAUAACAAGAAUAAUAAAUCACAAGUUAGGACACUUCAAGCAGGAUAAUUAUUAAUGGUAAAAUAAUAACUGUAUUGAACCGUGAACACAGCAAACCCAGACCUGUACUGACAGAGUCCUAAGAAAUUCUUGGCAAUUUGUGACUCACUGAAAAAUAAUAAAUUUCAAUAAGAAAUAAGCUACUUACUGUAGUUUGAACAAAACAUGUCACUCAUCUCUGCUUUUUUAAUGUGUGUGCUCAGAAGCAAUGAAUAAGAGAAAAUGGACCUGUGAGGGUAAAGAGACAGACGCUGAGUCACAGUGGCCACCACUCUGUGUGUAAUCUGAAGAAAGGCCCACACGUCAGUAUUGUAAUUGUGUCUGUUAACAUCUGUUAGUAAUGAGCACCGGGUGGUAAAGUGGCCCCCUUGACUGAUGAAGACUCACCAGACAGCAUUCCUGUUUGUUACUUUAUUCACAAACCUGCACUUCCUCAUUUCAGUGUGUUUGUAAUGUAGAAGAUCAGCCAGAGAGCUGACAUUAGACACACCGAGUCCUGCUGCAGUCUCAGGUUUGGCCUCACAACUGACAACGUCUGCUGAAGUUGAGGGGCCGCAGCGGCAUAUUGAAUAAAGUCACGUCGUCAGUUCAUGGGUCAUCAAGGACAUAAACAGUCCUAGCCUGCUGAGAGCUCACCUAAACUUUGGUGAAAGGAGCCUUUAGAAGAGACAAACGAUCAUUCAAACUACAAAACCUAAAGAUGAGUGAAGACGGCUUCAGUGAGAAGUUUGUGUCCAUGAUCUCAAGGAAAGGAAGAUCUGAUGAAGACUUUGUUGCUUUGUCUGGUUUAACACACAAGUUUCCUAAAGUAAUAAAAACCUUCUCUAAUGAGGAUCUCCUCAAGAUCACAGAGUUCUACAAGCCACACCUGGCUUACGUGAUUGAAUACGACAUCACAAGUAUCCUGCAGAACCUGGUCACCAAGAACAUCCUCACCAACGAUGAAGCCAAGAGAUUCAAAGCCAAAGAAGAGGGUCAGGGGCGGGCAGGUGUGGAGACCUUCAUCAGUGACAUAAUGAAGAUGGAGAGUGUGAUACUGGUGAGCCUGUGGGUGGCGCUAGCUGAAGAACUUGUGAGAUUUCCAUCACCAAACCUGACAAGAAUACUAGAGGAGGUGACAGAGGGCGGACAAGACCUCUUGAUGAACAUUCAGGCAAGUCUCCAGCCCACUCCCAUUGAUGAUGGUAUUAAAGGUCUUCAUGAGACACACAGAGGUGGUGUGUCUGAAUCUACAAGAACUCUGGAGGAGCAGGCUUCUCCUGGAGAUCCACGCACCAGAGCUGUGGGUUUUGAGACUCGAUACACAGAGCUGUUGGUCAUUGGUCAGUACAGAAGGACGUACAGUGAGAGGCAUCAUGAACUUGAGAAGAUGGGGAGAACUCAUGCAGAGCUAAUAGAGGAGCGGACAAAAGAGAAAUGUGAGAGAAUCUGGACAGAGCAGCUUUUUAGGAGGAGUCCUGGAAGUGAGACAGACUCUAACAUUGUAGUGGUCAGUGGGGUGGCUGGGAUUGGGAAGACCACCAUGGUCCAGAAGAUCAUGUUUGACUGGGCCAGAGGCACUCAGUACCAGAGGUUUGCAUUUAUGUUCCUGUUUAAAUUCAGGGAGCUCAACCUACUAGACACGGAGACAGAGCCACAGAUGCCUCUGACCAGGCUGAUUGUAAGGCACUAUAAAUAUCUCAAUGACCCAAAGUUGAGAGAAAUCCUUCAGAAACCUGAAUCUCUCCUCUUUAUAUUUGAUGGACUGGAUGAGUACAAACACAAACUGGACUUUACACAGGAGAAGCUCUGCUCAAAUUCAGAUGAUUACUUUCCUGUCCACACCUUGGUCACCAGCCUGGUCAAAAAGACAUUACUGAAGGGCUGUACAGUCCUGAUAACCACCAGACCAACAGCCCUGGAGACCCUGCACAUGGAGAGAGUUGAUCGAUUUGCAGAGAUCCUGGGGUUCUUCCCUGAACAAAGACUGAUGUACUUUAAGAAGUUCUUUGGUGACGCUGAGCAGGGCGUUGAGGCUUUUCAGUAUGUGGAGGAGAAUGCCGUCCUAUACACCAUGUGCUUCAACCCCUCGUACUGCUGGAUUAUCUGCUCUGUGCUGAAGAGCCACUUCAUGACACCUGAAGAAGACCGAGGAGCUGAGCCCAAAACUGUCACUGAGCUCUUUGUGAUGUUCCUUCACAACAUCCUCACCAAUCACAAGCGAGAAGACAAGGACCAGCGAGAGGUUCUGGUCAAACUGGGAAAGAUGGCUUAUUAUGGGGUGGCUAACAAGACUCUUGUGUUUUAUGACAAGUUUGAGAUAUCCACCUUUGGUCUCCGGCCAGUCCUGUCCUCUCCAUUCCUCUCAGGGUUCCUCAAAGAAAUCCUUCAGAGAGAAAGCACUCUGGAACACACAACGUACACAUUCUACCAUCUCACCCUGCAGGAGUUCAUGGCCGCCUGCUCCUUCUACCUCGAUCCAUCAGAGGGCAUCGAAGAGCUGCUUGAGAAGCUGGGCUCAUGUAAAGAUGGCCGGUUUGAGAUUCUCACUCGAUUCCUGGCAGGACUGGCAAGAUAUUCUGUGUUUAAAACACUGGGGGGAGUCAUGGGAGAGUUUGAGAGGAAGACAGCAAAACAGAUACUGGAGUGGGUGAAGAAGAAAGCUGAAGAGGCACUACAGGGAGGAGAUAAAAGUGAAGCUCUGCGAGUGUGUCAGUGGCUCUAUGAGACUCAGAAUAAAAAAUUAAUCAGAGAUGCCAUUGGAAAGGAUUUAAAGAUGAGCUUUAUUCAGAUGUCUUUAUCUCCUCUGGACUGUGCUGUGCUGGGCUCUGUCAUCAACUGCUGUGGAGAACUUGAGGAGCUCAACCUGUCAAAGACACCUCUCACCUCAGAGUGCAUCAUGAGACUAGCGCCGGGGCUCAUCUGCUGCAGACGUGUCAUCCUGUCUCUUUGUCGUCUCACCUUCAGAUGUUGCUCAUCUCUCUCCUCAGCUCUUUCUUCUCCACACUCACGACUGACUGAACUGGGCCUGAGCUUCAACGACAACAUGGGGGACUCAGGAGUGAAUCAGCUGUGUGAGGGGCUGAGGAGUGAAAACUGCAAAUUAGAGAAACUGAACCUGCCUCGUUGUGGUCUCACCUCCAGAUGUUGCUCAGCUCUCUCCUCAGCUCUUUCUUCUCCACACUCACGACUGACUGAACUGAACCUGAGAGACAACAACAUGGAGGAUUCAGGAGUGGAUCAGCUGUGUGAGGGGCUGAGGAGUGAAAACUGCAAAUUAGAGAAACUGAACCUCAAGUAUUGUGGUCUCACCUCCAGAUGUUGCUCAGCUCUCUCCUCAGCUCUUUCUGCUCCACACUCACAGCUGACCGAACUGAACCUGAGCAGCAACAACAACAUGGGGGAUUCAGGAGUAGAUCAGCUGUGUGAGGGGCUGAGGAGUGAAAACUGCAAAUUAGAGAAACUGAACCUGUGGUCAUGUGGUCUCACCUCCAGAUGUUCCUCAUCUCUCUCCUCAUUCCUCACUUCUCCACACUCACAGAUGACUGAACUGGACCUGAGCAGAAACAACCUGGAAGAUUCAGGAGCUCGUCAGCUGUGUGAGGGUCUGCGGUCCCCAAACUGUAAAUUAGAGACACUGAGGCUGUCUGAUAAUGAGAUCAGUGAGAGUGAGAGGAUGAACCUGUGGUCACUACAGGAGGAGCUGAACAGGACUGGAUGGCAGGUGGAUAUCCACACUGGAGAAUACUGAACAUGCUGAUCAACUGACCCCAGUGAUGGUGCCCCCUGUCCACUCCCUCUAAAUUCCCCUCUUUAUUCUUUUAUUAUCUCCUCAGCUCUCCUCCACAUUUAAUAACCUCUCCAUGUCUUCUUCUCAGCCUGUGUGCUUCUUCUUUAAACUCACUUGUGUUUCUCCACCCUAACACACUGAACUGGUUAUCAGACUCCACAAGUUCAGACCAGAGACCUCUGAGUUUCACCAGCCAGAGAACCACAGUGAGAAUUGUCCUCUAAAACCAGCGGGGGUCACAAAGCCCACCGAGGGGAGGAGCAGAAGCAAACCUGGGUGGACAGUCCAGUUGUAGGGUGAUGGAGAGUGAGGCUAAUCCUGGCAUUGGUGACAAAUUCUGGACAGGCACCAGGCCAUCACAGGUCAAGCUGAUGGUGGUCUGAGCAGAAACCUCCUAAACCUACUGCUCCCCAACAUCAUGUGGUGUUUUUUGAACCCAUGUCUGCUCCACUCCUUCUUCUAAUAAUAAUAAUAAUUCAUUACAUUUAUAUAGCGCUUUUCUCAGUACUCAAAGCGCUAUCCACACAGGGAGGAACCGGGAAGCGGACCCACAAUCUUCAACAGUCUCCUUACUGCAAAGCAACAGCACUACCACUGCGCCACCUGCCUCAUUUGCACACAUUUCAUGUCAUCUUCUGUUUGUGACUGAAUAGACUCUACCAUGUGCUGGUUUGGACUUCUGUGACACUUCAACACACACAAAGCUCAGGUCUCUUUUUUUCAUUUCAUUUUCAUUUCUCUUUUCAGGUCUUUUUUGUCAUUCCGUCAUUGUCA